AAUCAGUUUCAAGGAACGUCUUUGAGGAAACGGCCAUUGUAGGUGGUAAGACAAGGAAGAAGAAAGGUCUUAAAGAGCAGUGGAAGGCAGGGGCGAUGGUCCUGCAAUAGUCAUUUUACAUUUAUUUACGUUUCCUAUCUGCUGCUUUAGCCUUUGAAUUCGUUCCAGUAUUAUCGGAUAGCUGAGGAAACUGAGAUACGUAACUGAUUAAGAGCCCCUUUCAUCGCUGCACACCUGAUGUCUGCCCAAGCCUCCGCAGGAAGUGUGGCGUCGGAAGCACUUCCUGUUUCGCCGUCCCCCGGGGGUGAGCGAGAGGAGAAGGGGGGACGGGGUUUGGCGGGGAGUAAGUAUGUCAAGUUGAACGUGGGGGGGUCGCUCCACUACACCACCGUCCAGACGCUCUGCAAGGAGGACAGCCUGCUCAGGAGCAUGUGCAAUGGAGGUGUGGAGGUUGCCAUAGACUCAGAGGGCUGGGUGGUGCUGGACCGGUGCGGGAGGCAUUUUGGGUUGGUUCUGAACUUCCUGCGCGACGGGUCCGUGCCGCUUCCAGACUCCCAAAGGGAGCUGGAGGAGGUUCUGAAGGAGGCCCAGUACUACCGGGUCCAGGGCCUGGUUCAGCACUGCCUCAACACGCUCCAGAAGCGCACUGACGGGUUCGAGGGGGCCUGCCGAAUACCCAUGAUCACCUCGGCCAAGGAGGAGCAGAGGAUGAUCGCCUCGUGCCGAAAGCCUGUGGUGAAACUGCAGAACAACAGAGGGAACAACAAAUACUCUUACACCAGCAACUCCGACGACAACCUGCUGAAGAACAUCGAGCUGUUCGACAAGCUGGGCCUGCGCUUCAACGGCCGGGUGCUCUUCGUCAAGGACGUGCUGGGGGACGAGAUCUGCUGCUGGUCCUUCUACGGCGAGGGCCGCAAGAUCGCCGAGGUCUGCUGCACCUCCAUCGUCUACGCCACCGAGAAGAAGCAGACCAAGGUGGAGUUCCCAGAGGCCCGCAUUUUCGAAGAGACACUCAACAUCCUCAUCUACGAAAACGGGCGUGGCUCGGGACCGGGGGGCGUGGCCCUCUUGGAAUCGGGCGUGGGCUCCUCGGGGGGCGCCGGCCAAUCGGAGGAGGAGGGCGCCGGGGCAGGGGGCGGGGACCGCCGGGUAAGGCGGAUUCACGUGCGGCGGCACAUCAUGCACGACGAGAGAGGACACGGGCAGCAGACCGUGUACAAGGACUGAGACCGGGGGGGAGGGGCGUCCCUGUGGGGGUGGGAGGUGCGGGUUCGAGGGCGGAGCCUGAGGAGGGGCAGGGAUGACGAGAGAUUCCAAACAUACGGAGGGAGUGAGAUGGGGGGGAGCGGUGGAGGAGCACUGCUGGAUGAAAGGAGAGAGGAUGGGUAGAAAAGCUGAAGGGGGCAGUAGUGAUAUAGUGGUAAAGCUGAAGGGUCUGUUGAAUGAGAGGAGGUGGUCCCGCGGGUAAAAGAUAAGGAGAGGUUUUUCUCCAGCUGACUGGACACUUGGGUACGUUAACACUGCACUGAGGGAGAGAGAGUACCUUAAAUGGGGCUGUAGAUUUGAACAAGCCCCCAUUUCAAGUAUGUUUUGACAGUUCACUUUUCAGCAUAAUUAUUAUUGUGUGCGUGUACACGUUUGUGUGUGUGUGUGUGUGUGUGUUCCGUGUGGAAUUCUUAUUUUUAUUUGUUUAUUUAUUGUACUUUUAAUUUAUUUGUGAACUUAUCCAUUUUUUUAAUGAGCAUGAGAAAAGUGUUGCGUGCGUGUGUUGGGAGACUGUUCUUGUAUGUUUACCUUGCUAUACAGUGAUUGGGUGUGUUGGGAGACUGUUCUUGUAUGUUUACCUUGCUAUACAGUGAUUGGGUGUGUUGGGAGACUGUUCUUGUAUGUUUACCUUGCUAUACAGUGAUUGGGUGUGUUGGGAGACUGUUCUCGUAUGUUCACCUUGCUAUACAGUGAUUGGGUGUGUUGGGAGACUGUUCUCGUAUGUUCACCUUGCUAUACAGCGAUUGCGUGCGUUUUGUAUAAGGAUGCAUGGGCUAGUACAGCCGAAUGACACUUUUACUGACGGGUACAUUCACAGACUGUGACACACAGACUGGAGACCGACACUCUCAUACUGGCACUCGUUUACUGACACGACAGGUUUGCAUGGAUAUUUCUUUUCUGCGCAGGCUUAUUCCGGUUCGGUACACACACACUUUUCACUCAAGGGCCGCUGUGGAUUUCGUCCCAGCCUCCCCCCCCCCCCCCCCAACCAUUCAGUUGAGGGGACUUUUUAGGGGGGGUGCUUGCCAAGGAGAUUUCACACUGAUUCACGGAUGACCACAGUACCUUUCAGUACUGCUCUGCACAGUGACCGCUGCAUUGACUGACCGACUGACUCGUUAAUUGAUUUUUCUGGCUUUUGUGCUUAUAAUGUUCAUAAAAACAAAACGGAGAGGAAAAAAAAAAAAAACGCCCUAAACCUGCCAACAGUGAACUGCACCGAUUAUGUGUUAUGUGUAAAAAUCCUUGUAUUUAAGGUUUUGGUUAUUUUUGGGUCCACAAACAUUCUCAAUAAAAAAAAAUUUGUUUUUAA